AGGUUUUCAUGCAAGUGCGUGAAUAAAUAGAUACAGAUGGCAGAGAAAAAGGUUACUCCAGACCUGGAAAAGAAUGGAACUGUAAUUGAAAAUGGUGUCAGCAAUGAUACAGCCAUCGACUUGAGUGAUGAUAGUGAUAAGAAAGGUGAUAAGAAAAGUAAGAAGGGGAAGAAAGGAAAAGGAAAAGAUGAAGAAGAAAAAAAGCCAGACCAGGUUACAUUUGGCCAAUAUUAUCGAUAUGCCACUAAGUUAGACGGGCUCUUUAUCACAGUUGCCAUAUUCUUUGCUGCUAUAAAAGGGUUAGGCUGGCCUUCUAUCAUGAUUGUUUUUGGAUUAAUGAUAGAUGAUCUAGCUGGCGUUGGAUUAGAUGGAACGGUUCGUGGAUCGCAAAUGGCUAUGUUUGCAUACUUUUACAUCGGAUUGGGCUUUGUGAACAUAUUAGCUGGAUACCUCUCGACCACGCUCAUGCUCCUGUCAGCGGAACGACAGUCCAGCAAGGCAAGGAACGAGUACUUCAGGGCUAUCAUGAGGCAGGAGAUAGGAUGGUUUGAUGAAACCUCCAGCGGAGAACUCACAACUAGGCUCACUAGUGAUAUCAGUAAGCUGAGAGAUGGUAUGUCGGACAAAGUAUGUUUGGCAGUCCAGUGGAUGACAGCAUUCUUGGCAGGCUUUAUCAUUGCCUUCUGUUACGAGUGGAGAUUAUCUCUCGUUAUCAUGUCUACUUCACCUCUUAUGGCUAUUGCUGGAUAUCUCAUUAGUAAGAUCAUGGCGGGAUUUGCCGAAAAAGAGCAGAGUGCGUACGCAGCUGCGGGAGGUAUCGCGGAAGAAGUUAUAGGUGCAAUAAGGACAGUGGUAUCAUUUGGGGCAGAAACGCACGAGUCAAAACGUUACAACGAGAAGUUAGCAUCUUCAGAGGCAUCAGGGAAGAAAAACGGACUGUUCAAAGCACUUUCUAUUGGUAUCACUAUGUUGAUCAUGUUCCUUACAUACGCCCUGGCUUUCUGGUAUGGCGCUAAGUUAUGCGGUGAAGGGAAAGCUCUCCCUGGUGACAUUCUCAUUGCUUUCUUCAACAUCCUGAUUGGUUCCUUUGCAAUGGGCCACGCAGCCCCUCAUUUCCAAACCAUGGCAGAGGGUCGAGGUGCAGCUUUUACUGUUUUCAAAACUAUUGACAGGGAAUCAACAAUAAACUACGAGGAAGAUAAGGGAUUGAUUCCCGAGUCAUGCGCUGGGAAGAUCGAGUUUAAGAAUGUCGGUUUCUGCUACCCUUCAAGAAAAGAUGUUCAAAUCAUGAAAGGGUUCAAUUUAACGCUGGAGACGGGUGAAACACACGCUCUGGUUGGACCCAGUGGUUGUGGUAAAAGUACCGCUGUAGGGCUCAUUGAGAGGUUCUAUGACACUACUGAGGGAGAGGUAUUACUGGACGGAGUGAACAUCAAAGAUCUCAACCUACAGUGGUUGCGUAAUCAGAUCGGUCUGGUUGGCCAGGAGCCAGUUUUGUUUGCUACUACUAUCGAGGAGAACAUCAGAUAUGGCAGGAGUGACGUCACUCAGACACAGAUUGAAGAGGCUUGUAAGAAAGCUUUCGCACACGAUUUCAUUAUGGAACUGCCAAAUCGAUACCAAACUCUAUGUGGAGAACGCGGAUCCAAAUUAUCGGGCGGUCAGAAACAGCGUGUUGCUAUUGCACGUGCUCUGGUGCGCAACCCUAAGAUACUGCUCCUGGACGAGGCGACGAGUGCGCUGAUAACAAGAGCGAGGAUAUUGUACAGGCGGGCACUGGAUUUCGCUGCGGAGGGCAGAACUACUCUCAUCAUCGCUCAUCGGCUCUCUACUACCAUCAACGCUAACACCAUCUCUGCUAUUGGAGAAAACCAGUGCGUAGCAGAGGAAGGAACGCACGAGGAAUUGCUAGCAAAGGAGGGACUUUACCACACUCUUGUCAUGUACCAGCAACAAGUACAGAACGAAGGUGGAGAAGAGCUACCAGCCCUACCCAGCAUUGAGGACGUCCAGAAAAAGGCUUCAGUAAAAGAACUGGUGUCCAAGAAAUCCAUUAAACAAGCUGUAUCUCAGAAGGAGAAAGAACUCGAGGUAGCAAUUAAAGACCCGAAAAGUAAGGAAAAGGAAGGAGCACAGGAGAUGGCAAGCUUCUGGGAGAUAAUGCAACAGAACAAUGCGUACGAGAACGCGUGCAUCCUCGUGGGUGCAUUCGGUGCUGCCGUUAACGGUGCACACAUGCCAAUCUUCGCAGUCCUCUUCGCGGAAGUUAUUGGGGCCCUGGCUAUAGUGGUGCCGGAUCCAAAAAACGCGGACUACAAACCUGACUACAGUGAAACCAACAAGUGGUGUAUAUUCUUUAUAAUUGUAGGGGUUGUCGCUGGUCUUGCCAACUUUUUACAGAUUCAUUUUAUGACCCUCAGUGGUUUAAGCUUCACCACCAGAAUGCGGCAGAAUGCGUUUAAAGCUCUGCUCCGAAAGAACAUGGGGUACUUUGACCUACCAGAGAACUCGAUUGGAGCACUUACUACUCGCUUAUCAGAAGAUGCGGCUGCUAUCAAAGGAGCUACUGGAGUAAGGAUCGGUUCGAUGUUACAAAACAUAAUUGGAUUGGGAGUUGGUAUCGGAAUAGCGUUCUUUGCAAGUUGGCGUCUGACUUUGGUUACUCUCGGUUGUAUACCUUUCGUAGCUGCUGCAGGAAGUGUACAAAUGAUGCAAUUAUCUGGGACCAUGAAGUCUAUGACAAGGCUUUUCGAACAAGCUGGCCAAGUUGCUGCUGAAGCCGUCGAAAACAUGAGGACUGUUUCUUCGCUGUGUAUUGAGCCACUGUUCUUAAAGAAAUACGCUGACUCCCUUAAAAAACCUUCCCAGAAGUUUAAGAAGCAAGCCCAUUUGUCAGGACUAUCCAUGGGGCUGGCUGAAGCUGUCAUAUUCUUCACAUAUGCUGCUGUAUUUACGUAUGGUAACUAUCUCAUGAAUCUUGAAGAUGGGCACAGUGGUAAACUGAGUUUUACUGAUCUCAUGAAGGUAUUUUCUGGGAUAGUCUUCUCGGCCAUGUCAGUCGGUCAGACAAUGGCCAUGCUACCGGACUACGGAAAGGCAAAGGCUGGUGCUUUCAAGCUUUUCAAACUCAUAAAAGAACCUCCCAUCAUUGACGCCUACACCGAGAAAGGAAUAAAGCCUGAAGUUAAAGGACUUCUCCGGUUCAACAGCGUCAAAUUUAACUACCCGUCACGCCCUGACCUGCCUGUUUUGAAAGGUCUCUCGUUCAAUGUCGACAAAGGCAAGACAAUCGCCUUGGUCGGUGAAAGUGGCUGUGGAAAAUCCACCUCAGUUCAACUUUCAGAAAGAUUCUAUGAUGUGCUCGACGGCAAUGUGACGAUCGAUGACAUUGACAUCAGAGAGAUUAACGUAGCGCAUCUGAGACAACAGAUGGGGCUAGUUUCUCAGGAACCUAUCUUGUUCGACUACUCUAUUGAGGAGAAUAUAAAGUACGGAGCUCUAUUCAGAAAGGUGACAGAGGAUGAAGUCCGGAGAGCUGCUAUCGCUGCUAACAUCAACGACUUCAUCAUGUCUCUUCCCGAUGGGUAUAACACCCGUGUUGGUGAAAAGGGGACACAGCUCUCGGGAGGACAGAAGCAGAGAAUAGCCAUUGCUCGGGCUCUAGUUAGGAACCCUAAGAUACUGCUCCUAGACGAGGCAACCAGUGCCCUGGAUAACGAAAGCGAGAAGGUCGUACAAGAAGCUCUGGACAGAGCACGUGAAGGCAGAACAUGUCUGGUGAUCGCCCACAGACUCUCAACCAUCCAGACAGCAGAUCUCAUCUGUGUCAUCCAAGAGGGUUCAAUUGUGGAGAGUGGGACUCACGCGGAACUGAUAGCCAUGAAAGGGGUUUACUACAACCUCAUCAAAUCCGCUGACCAACAUUAGAUUGAGACUUUUCCAGAGUAUUAAUAGAGACUUUUUGGCCACAUGUAAGCUGGCAUGGAACCGGCUGCGGUUUAUAACUGAAAUUUCAAACACAAAAUACAAAACUUUCUUUGGUAUACAAGCUAGCUGUAAACCUAAAACGUGUAUUUAGUUAAUUUUAAGAUGGUCUGGACUUAAUCGUAGAUAGUUCUUUUGUCCCUUGUCACUUCCUUCACGUCAUGACUAAUGACACAUUUAUAUUUUAUGUCUAAUUUCACUCUAUUCGCUAAUUUCUUGAAAUUUCUGUAUACAUUUUCGUUUGCCCUUUUCUUGUAAAUCAAUCGCUGGAUAAAAUGUUAUUAUCAAACUCACCAAACGAUAGCAUUCUUUUUUACGACUUAUCUAUAAAUACUGUUAAAUGUUCUUUGUUUAUGUUACAUUAACAUAAUAUGUCAUGUGUAAUGUGCAUGCAUCAACAUAACCAAUUCUUUUGUACACUCUUAUCUUGUUUGUUGAUUCUUUAUAGUUGUAUUGUGUAGAAUAUUGUUAUCAGAUAACUAAAAAAUGUUUUGAUGAAA